ACACGAUCACACGCACAGAUCCAAACGACUCCCGAAGCACCCGUGUCAAACCGACUAGUCCAAUGGCGGCGACGGCGGCGGCUGCUCCGCCCUUCGCCGUCGGCGACCCCGACUCGCCGCUCCCCACCGCCGCGCUGCUCCCCCGCUCCAACUCCGGCGCCGUCCCCGCGCCCCGGCGGUCCUCGGUCUCCUCCCUCCUCCACCUCCUCCUCACCGCCGCGCUCGCCGUCGCGACCUCCUACCUCCUCCUCCUCCGCGCGCCCCUCUCCGCAGCGCCCUCGGCCGCGGUCGCGGUGGCCACCGUCCGGCCGCUGGUCAAGCUCGAGAAGCCGGUGGUUAUUCUAAUCUCUUCCGACGGGUUCCGCUUCGGGUACCAGCACAAGGCCCCGACCCCGCACAUCCGCCGCCUCAUCGACAAUGGCACCUCCGCCGCCACGGGCCUCAUCCCGGUCUUCCCCACGCUCACCUUCCCCAACCACUACUCCAUCGCCACCGGUUUGUACCCAUCCUCUCACGGCAUCAUCAACAACUACUUCCCCGACCCCAUCUCGGGGGACUACUUCACCAUGUCCUCGCACGAACCCAAGUGGUGGCUCGGGGAGCCCCUCUGGGUCACCGCCGCCGACCAGGGUAUCCGGGCCGCCACGUACUUCUGGCCCGGCUCGGAGGUGAAGAAGGGCAGCUGGGACUGCCCGGACAAGUACUGCCAACACUACAAUGGCUCUGUGCCAUUCGAGGAGAGGGUCAAUACGAUCCUGGGUUAUUUUGAUCUCCCGUCUGACGAAAUGCCGCAGUUCCUGACGCUCUACUUUGAAGAUCCUGAUCACCAGGGGCAUCAGGUCGGUCCUGAUGACCCGGCCAUCACGGAGGCGGUGGAGCGGAUUGAUGAGAUGAUUGGGAAGCUUAUUGCUGGUCUGGAAGCAAGGGGAGUGUUUGAUGAUGUGAACAUUAUAUUGGUUGGUGACCAUGGGAUGGUUGGGACUUGUGACAAGAAGCUGGUGAUUCUCGAGGAUUUGGCUCCAUGGAUUGAGUUGAAGGAAGACUGGGUUUUGUCAAUGACUCCGUUGCUAGCCAUCAGGCCGCCAGAUGACAUGUCGCUGCCAGACGUUGUGGCCAAGAUGAAUGAAGGGCUAGGAUCUGGUAAGGUGGACAAUGGUGCAUAUCUGAAAAUGUACCUAAAAGAGGAUUUGCCCGAUCGACUUCAUUACUCAGAUAAUUAUAGAAUCCCACCGAUAAUCGGGUUGGUAGGCGAAGGGUAUAAAGUGGAGAUGAAACGAUCGAAGAAAAAUGAGUGUGGAGGAGCACAUGGUUAUGACAAUGCUUUCUUCUCGAUGAGAACAAUAUUUUUUGCGCAUGGUCCUCGUUUUGAGGAGGGUAGAGUCGUGCCAUCCUUUGAGAACGUGGAGAUAUACAAUGUUAUUGCCUCCAUUCUCAAUAUGGAGCCAGCUCCAAACAAUGGUUCAGCUUCUUUUCCUGACAUGAUUCUUUUACCGAGCGAAUGAUCAUGGAUGCAUGUGACUGCUAUGGUUUUGAAUGAGAAAGGUCAUGCUGAUUGCUGAUGGUAUUUUCCUUUUGCUGUAGUUGGACUUGUACUCUUAUCUUCUUAGACUUGUUUCACUAGUGGCUAUUCACUGCUUGAAUGCAAAUGCUGCUAGUAGAGAGUAUCUUUGUCCUUAUGGGCAACAUUUGCUGUUGUUAUCAUGUCUUAUCCUUAGCAGUUUUCUUAUGCUAAAUUUGUCUUGCAAGUUAAAUUAAGCUCACAUUUCUGCUUAA